AUGCGUCGCGUCAGGCGUAGCUGUGGUAUCGUGGGCAGCGUGGGUGUCGGUGGCCUGGGCAGGGGGGAUACAGGGGUGAGGGUUGAGGGGAGUGGGAGCGGCAGUGGUACGUGUUGCAGUUGGUUGAGGGGAGUGGGAGCGGCAGUGGUAGUGUUGCAGUUGGCUGAGGGGAUUGGGAGCGGCAGUGGUACGUGUUGCAGUUGGUUGAGGGGACUGGGAGCGGCAGUGGUUGAGGGGACUGGGAGGGAGAGGGAAGAUGGCGCAGUGGACUCCUCCGUAAAAUGUAUAGGACGUUGUUUUUACUGUAUGGAUUUCUACUAUAAGCGCGGUAGUGGGCAAGCGCAAUGCCAUACAUCGGGAUGUAAAGGGUGUGACAUACGCAAAUGUCAAUGUGACUGUUGUGAGAAACAAAAAUUGAAAGACCGUCAACAACGUGCCGCCAGUCAACAGCUUCCGUCCUCUUCCUCCCAUGUCUCCUCAUCUUCCAGGGUCUCCUCUACCACUGUAGGGCACCAGGUCUCCGGUUUACAGCCUUCGACCAGCCCCUCUGACUCAUCAUCAUCUCCCUCCCCCAUCCCUUACAUCAUCGCCGCCGUCGCCCUCAUCAUCGUCGUCAUCUGCGUCAUGAUCUACUUCCGCAUCCGGCCGUUCCACAGGACAGUAAUGAUUGCGUUGAUGAUUAAUCGCAUGAGCAGUGAGGUGACCAUAACCCCUCCGUACUCCGCCAUCGCCGCCGUCAUCGUUGCCAUCAUCGUCGCCAUAAUCCUGCUCGACCUGUGCAUCUUCCGCUUCCCGGUGGGCCGCAACAUCCGCGAUUUCCUCGUCCGCAAGAUACCCUUCUGCAUCGCGUUUUACAGCUGA